UGCUUGGCUGCUUUGUAUUUUCUAGUGUUAUACCGUUGUGCCUCAGAUAUCGGAAACCUGAGCAUGGCUUCAAGCUCAGACGACGACUUCAUCACCGUCGUAUGCACAAACCCCAAAGCGGUCACCACCACCACCACCGCCGCUGCGGAGAGAGAAGUUCUUAUCUCAGUCUCAGAUAUCCAAAGCUGGGAUUUGCCAGCAAUUCUCUAUUGCCAAACACUCAAAGUUAAAGCUCAUCGGAACAGGCUUAUCCAGCACUCUUCUUAUUUCCAUGGACUCCUAAGCGGCAGCUUCAGCGAAUCGGGCCUGGACUGUAUAGCAAUUGAGUGGAACCUGGAAACGUUUGUAGAUGUUCUGAAUUGUAUAUACGGCUGCCCCUUGGAUGUUACAUUUGAUAAUUUUCUCCCUCUUAUUGAGGGUGCACUUUACUUUGGAGUGGAGAUGCUGCUCACGAAAUGUAAAACUUGGUUUUCUGAGGUGGCAUCAUCGGAGGUGCCACCACAAAUGCAAUUGGAUGAUUUGAUUUAUAUUUGGAGCUUUGGUUUAGAGCACGCCUGUGAUUUUCUUCCAGAAUUGUGUGCGAGCUAUCUUGCGAGAAAUUUUAUGUGGGCCAUAUCUGUGAAUUGUUUUGUAGAUAUUCCAUACGAAUUAUUAUUAUCUUGUGUGAAGAACAUAAAUUUGACAGUGGAUAGUGAAAUGCAUCUUGCUGAUGCACUUUUAAUUUGGCUUGAUGCUAACACAGCAAGGAUGGAAGGUUUGAAUGUAAAUGGAGGUGACUGCACCGGCAUUUUGAAACAGGUACAUGUUAAAAAUGUUUCAUUGUCUUCAUUUAUGAAAUACUUAGCAUGGGUGAUUGUAGGUUACAGUCUUUCUAUUAAAUUAUCUAUUCUUGCUGUUGAACAGAUCCGUACAACUGUUUUGCCAUUGUGGUUUGCUGCAGAGAAAAGAAGUUCUUGUCAUUUUUCUAAGUUUGCUGAUGAGAGCAUUAAUUCAAUUUUUAGACUACUGAAAAUUCCAUCCUCUGGCUCAAUACAUGCCUUAGGAGAUGGUCACUUGCAUGAUUUAAGGAUUCGGCUGACAAAGUUUUCUAAGAAAGUAAAGCUUUCAGGUUGCCCACAGAUAACAUCAGUAAUGUUACUUUUGUCUGUGCUUCCUUCAUCACACAAUAUUGGAUCCACAUUCAGAAUUAUUGAACAGUCACCAAUUAAGCUUGAACGUCUUGACAGAGAUCAGUGUUCAUUAUUACUGAGAUCCCUGCCAACUCUGUCUUUUGACGCAGUACAAGAAGUGGAUAUUUCCAAGUGUCCGAGACUACACCUUGAAACUGCUAUUGAGUGCUUCUGCACAUCAUUUCCAUCUUUAAGGACUCUAAAGGCAGCUUUCCUUCUGAACUUCAACAUAAAAACUCUCUAUCACCUGGUUCGGAAAUGCCCUAUGGUCUAUGAAGUUGACUUAACUACUGACACUAGUCCAAUUAUAACAUCACAAGUGUGCACUUUAUCCUCAAGUACAGCCACAACACCACAAAGAUCAAAUUUGUCCAUAAAUGUUGGGGAAAGUCCUCUCUGUAUGAAUCCCUUUCACAAGUCUGGAUUAUCAUUAGCAAAGCUCACACUGGAGGGCAGAAGCGAUCUCUCUGAUUCUGAUCUCCAGUUUAUCUCCGAAUUCUUAGUCUCCUUACAAUACCUAAACCUUAGAGGGUGUAUUUCAUUAACUGAUGUCGGCAUAGCAAGUCUUCUUCUCAAAUGUCCCAAGCUACAUUCAGUUUUAGUUUGCGAUACUUCUUUUGGGAUAAAUUCGGUACUAGCUCUUUGUUCUAGCCCUUCAGAUUAUAUUGCUGGCCAACACAUAGAAAAUAAGCAUUUGGAUCCCCUGGCAUUUAAUCUUCAGGCACUUCAUAUGGGUGGCUGCAAGUGUGUUGAAGAAGAAUCUCUUCUAAAGAUUAUGUCUCAAAUGCAAAAGCUGAAGACUCUCUGCUUGCGCGAUACCAACCUAGAUGAUAGUGCUCUAUGUAGGUUUGGAGGUUCAUCCUUGGAGAUGCUUGACGUUUCUAGUACUAGGGUUUCGCAAGCUGCUUUAGCUCAUCUUGUUGGUAGAAAUCCAGGUUUAAAGUGUUUGAAACUGAGAGGCUGUAGAAAUUUGUCUCAACAAGAAUGUGACACUCAAAAUGGAGAAUUUUCUUCAGCCUAUUCCUGCAGAGAACUACAUAAUACAAUUGGAAGAACUCUUAUGUUGGAAGAUAUAGCACUUGGAUGGGGAUUUUCUUAUUUCUCUUUGGAAGCACUGAAACCUGCAAUCUCAUCACUGAGGAAAAUAACAGUGGGCUUAGGUGGAUCAUUAGGUGAAGACACACUGGGAAGACUACCAAAUAUUUGUCCUAUGCUUGAGUCUAUUGUUCUUUACUUUCAGGUGUUAUCUGAUAGCAUCAUUAUGAAAAUUAUGGCAAACCUGAAGAACUUGCUAGUAUUGGCUUUGUGUUACUGUCUUGGUGAUAUUUCUAUUGUAAGCUUCAAGUUUUGUAUCCCAAACCUGAGGAAGUUGAAGCUUGAGCGGGUGACCCCUUGGAUGACGAACAAUGAUUUGGUUAUUCUUACUAAAAGCUGUGUGAAUCUAAUUGAGCUUUCAUUGCUAGGGUGCACACUUCUCAAUUCAGAGUCUCAACAAAUAAUCUCACAUGGAUGGCCAGGCUUGGUUUCUAUUCAUCUCGAGGAAUGUGGAGAAAUGACAACUAAAGGGGUUUCUUUUCUUCUUGACUGUCAAGCUCUUGAAGAUCUCUUGCUGCGUCAUAAUGGUCCUGGGAUAAAGAGAAGCUUUAUUUCCGACGCUGCUUCAAAGUUGCCACUGCUUAGGAAGGUAUCAUUAGAUUUGUGUGAUGCAAGUGAAGGUGAAUUUGAUAUUCCUGAUUAUGCUGACAGAUAUUUUCUAAGUACUGUGAAGAUCGCUAGAUGUAAGUCUCAGAGGUACGGUCUGGAUGUUCAGUUUGUCGAGGCUCGUAGGAGGCCUGUGCACAAAGAAACACUUGUGCUGGUGUGGAACAGCAAAACUAUCAUUAGAACAGUGGUGAAGGAAAGACUCUAAUGCUCUAAGGUCGGGGGAUGUUAAAGUGGUGAACCAACUGCCUUAUUAUGCAUUUAUGCUGUACAAUUUACUUUGUUUAGGUAGAUUAAAGUGUAUUAUGCAAUUAUACACAAAAGGUUAUGUUUGUGUGUAUGUGAUGAAAAUUGGUGAACAUAAUUGCCAGGAAGUGAGAAUUGAAUUUUGUGUUAAAUCUUUGGAUUUUAAACUUGGGUCCUUACUGUUUCUAAAUACAUCAUGAAAUUUGAUCA